UGUACCAUCCCUAGAAUAAGAGCCAGAGCGGCGCAUAAUCGCUCUCCGUCUCUUCCCUAUUCAUUUUAUCACCAUUCGCCUUUUGAAAUCCAAAUUCGACGGAUGGUAAAAUCUUGAGCGGUUGAGAUUGAACUGAACGAAUUCGCGUCGAAGUGAUUGAGCCAACUUUUUUGUGGCUUUCGUGUGGCAGCCAAGCGAAGAAGUGUUAAAUUGAUUUUGAGAUACUUUCGCGACAGCAUCGCUUCGGCUGGCGGGUGUGUGUGGGUGUGAUCAAACAAAAAUAACGUGCAAUUACGGGUCAGUAACCCAAACAAAGAAGUGAUAAGAGCGCAAGAGGUCCUUGAUGAAUACGAGUCAAAACAAAUAUGUGCACUUUUAAUGCGAAAUAAUUAAAGGAAUCUCUUUGAUUUGUGUGUGUUUACAAAUAAAUCAGCGAAUGAAUGUGUGAAAGAAUCUCAAUGAACAGACAAAUUAAAUGAAAAGUCGCUGGGAAAUUUGAAAUUUGAAAGCAAGGAGGAAACGCAAGGAAAGCAAGUUGAAGGAUAUGCCUCAAAGCUGAUCGAUUGACCGAGUGAAUGAUUGCGCUGCCAGUUGGUUAAAUGCUACACAAUGUCGGCCAAGCACAUCGAGCAGUACACGAAUCCCUCCUUCGAGCAGGAGUCCGACCCGCCGCCUCCCCCCUUGGGGGGCGUGGCAGAUGUGGGAGCAGGCAACGAUGCCGGCACGGCAAAUCGCAAAGGUCACAGGCGGCAGGAAUCGAUGUACCAGAUGACCGGCCUCUACUCGGAGACGAAUAGCGGCGACGACAGCAGUAUAGAUGCGGCCCUAGACCAGGACAAUCAGCCCCAUGCCACGUCCUACCUGGCCGGGGAUCAGUUGCCGUCGGCAAUUGGGGGCGCAGGUGGUGGACCACCAGUGGUGGCCGACGGCGUGACGGUGAAGUGCCACAGUCGACAGGCAUCGGCUGGUAAAUGUCCGGCUGAACCGGAGGAGGACUUCGACGAGGAGCAGUUCCGAUCGGGCGAUUGCGGCAUUCUCAACUGCAGACCUUACGGAAUCCAGCGAUUCGCCCGCAUCAAGAUCUUUGUGGUGCUGCUCUCGCUGCUGGUGAUGAUGCAGCAGGCCCUUAGUUCGGGAUACAUUAACUCUGUGAUCACCACGAUCGAGAAGCGCUUCGAGAUCCCCUCCAGCUACUCGGGGCUAAUAGCCUCCAGCUAUGAGAUCGGAAACGUGAUCACAGUGAUCUUCGUUAGCUACCUGGGCAGUCGGCGCCACAUUCCCGUGUGGAUUGGAAUCGGAGCUGUAAUCAUGGGCAUCGGCUCGCUGGUGUUUAUGGUGCCGCAUUUUACGGGCGAGCCCAAUCCGGGCAUAGCGAUCGUCAACAGGACCAGCGACAACAUUUGCAAAAACGCAUUGGUUAAAAAUCAGGACAUGGACCUGGGUCGCCUGUCCAGCGGACUAUCCAACCAACCCCUGGCGCCGCACACGCUGCGCGAGGACAACUGCCUGGAGGGCAAGGCCUCCACCACUGGGCCGGUGCUACUCUUUGUGCUCGCCCAGCUGCUCCUCGGAUGCGGAGGCAGCCCGCUCUUUACACUAGGCACCACCUACGUGGACGAUCACGUGCGGACGGAGAGCUCCUCCAUGUAUAUCGGAUUCAUGUACAGCAUGGGAGCCUUUGGACCAGUGGUGGGCUUCCUGCUUGGCGCCUACUUGCUAUCGUUCCACAUGGACUCACUAUCCUCCACCACCAUAUCGAUCACACCCGGCGACAGACGUUGGGUGGGCAUGUGGUGGGGAGGUUUCCUGCUAUGCGGAAUCAUACUGCUGGUGGUGGCCGUGCCCUUCUUCUCCUUCCCCAAAGUGCUUGCCCGCGAAAAGAAGAAGAUACGGAAGAGCAGCAUAGUGCAGCCGGUUUUGCCGAACAACUCUAGAGCCACUGUGACGACGGAUGAGAUGGGCAAGGUGAAGAAGCUGGAGAUAGUUGCCGUGACCAGCAAGGAGGACCAGUCGCAGCCGCCGCCCAAAGUGGACACGGGCUACGGGAAGGACAUCAAGGAUAUUCCGCAGUCGAUGCUGCGCCUGGUGAAGAAUCCCGUAUACAUCGUGACCUGCCUGGGCGCCUGCAUGGAGCUGAUGAUCGUCUCUGGCUUCGUGGUCUUUCUGCCCAAGUACCUGGAGACGCAGUUCAGCCUGGGCAAGAGCCAGGCCAACAUCUUUACUGGCUCGAUCGCCGUACCUGGAGCCUGUAUUGGCAUCUUCCUCGGAGGCUGUAUCCUGAAACGAUUCCAAUUGAAGCCCAAGGGUGCCGUCCAAUUUGUGCUGAUCACUAACGUCAUCUGCUUGGCCUGUUACGCGAUGCUCUUCUUCCUCGGCUGCGACAAUCUUAAGAUGGCUGGCACCACGAUUCCCUACUACACCAGCAACAAGCAUGGAUCUACAUUGGAGCAGCCCUUCCAGGUGAACCUCACAGCCGCCUGCAACUUUGGCUGCGAGUGCCUGACCAGCGAGGUGGAACCGGUGUGCGGCAACAAUGGACUCACCUAUUUUAGUCCUUGCCACGCCGGCUGCACUGCCUUUUCGUCCACAUCCAACACCAACUACACCAACUGCACCUGUGUUCGCGCCAACAUCUCGAGCAGCAUUUAUCGUGGCGCUGGUGGCAGCCAAGCCCAGGCGCUCAACGCCAACGAGAACUUCGCCGAGGUGACGGUGGUUCCGGUGGCCACCGCCGGUCCAUGUGCCACGCCUUGCCGCACCAUCUACCCGUUCCUCAUACUGCUGUUUUUCAUGACCUUUUUGGUGGCCUCCACGCAGAUGCCGCUGCUCAUGAUCGUGCUGCGAUCGGUAUCCGAGGAGGAGCGUUCCUUCGCCCUUGGAAUGCAGUUUGUAAUCUUUCGCCUCUUCGGAUACAUACCGGCGCCCAUUUUGUUCGGAAACCUCAUCGACUCUACGUGCAUUCUCUGGAAGUCGUCCUGCGGCGAGAAGGGCGGUCGCUGUCUCAUCUACGACAUUGAAAAGUUCCGAUACAAAUAUGUUGGACUGUGUGCAUCUGUCAAGCUGAUUGCCUUGGUUAUCUUUAUGGUGGAUUGGUGGCUGGUGCGCAGGCGCAAGCAGCUCGAGAAAAUGAAGCCGCUUAACGCCAGCGAUCCAAUAAUCGGAUCCAUCAUAAGCCUAGACAAAUUAUUUGAAGAAAAGUUUUCGGGUGCCGAGCCGUCAACAGCAUUUGUCGGUGGUGGAGGAGAGCUGAUCAUACCCACAGAAAUACUUCGUCAUUCCCGCAAUGAUUCACGCACCAUGCAAAUGGAUUAUUGCUACGACAAAUGCGGUCGUGUGGUGACACCGGCAAACACAUGCAACCAGCCACAGACCAAGUCUAAGAAGCACUUCCGAAGUGCCUCCUGUGACGUGAAGAUGAUCAAGAGCUUUGCCCGGGAUCACAACUCGUCCAGCGGACCUGCGGAUGCGGCUGGUCAGGAUGCUGGUGGUGGCAGCACCAAAUACAAGAAUCUCAAAAAGUUCCAGGCGCACACGCGCAAUCACUCCACAGACCUACACGACCCCAGUCAACCCAUCCGAUAUAUUCAGAACCAGCUCCGGCCGCAGGACUGCGCCGAAGAAGAUGAUGACGAAGAGCUGACCACCGGCUGCGGACACUUCGUUAAAAAGCACUCGCGGAACCACAGCUACGACCAAAUUUACAUGCCCAAUAACAUACGCUUCGAUGCGGACUUCCUAAGACAUCCCCAUUCACACCACAAUCCCAAGAAGAAUGUGAAUGUUUUAAAGAAUGUGGUUUCUGAUGUCGGCAAGCUAAAGAAUUCAAAUGAAAUAGAAGCUGGUGGAUCUGGAUCACGUGGACAUUCUCGCAACAACUCGAAGGACUUGAACACCAAAAUUUCCAGUGGUACUCCUGCAAACAACGCAUCUGGUCAGGUAGCAACGGAUGCCAGCACCACGGGCCUAAGUGUGCUGCGACAUCGGCGAACCAACUCCAAGGAUCUAAAUUAUCAAGUGCUGCCGGAGUCUGCUCCAUCCAGCUCCGUGUCAGGGCACGCACAUCCACAGCACUCGCGGAACACGUCGCACCACAAGAUCCAGAUCGAUGACGAUCGAAACGAGCUCAUCAACGACAAUGAUGACGAAGAGGAGGAGCGUUCCGCGUGUGCUUAGUGCUAAGCCAUGUAGCUUCCAAGGAGCUAGGACUAUCGAUUUGUGGCAACAUCAGCAAUGUCUCCAUUCCUGGCGGCAAUCGCCUCAUCGUACUUUGAGUGUGUGUGGUUCAUGCCCGUUUCCUGAUGAAGUGACUCAUCCCUCAGCUGCUCAUUGUACUUACGACCGAGUGUUCAAAUCUACUAAUAGAAGGCAUCUGAAAAUAGAAAUCUUUUGAUAUAUGCAACAUUCAACCAGAAUUCGAAUCCGAGUCAGAUACGAUUGCGAAUCCUUGCAGAUAAUAUUUAUGUAACCAGGCGUUAGACUAGAAAUCCUAGAAAGCAGCUAGCAUAUUUUAGGAUAGGAGUAGAUCGUUGUGAUAGGAAUAUUUUUUAUUGUAUUUUAGUGGAGUGUAGAUCCGUAAAAAGUCGAUUAAGUGUUUGAACUGCUGCGUACGUUUCGCUUUAUUUCGACUUUGUGCAAUCUCGGUUUCGAAGUUAAACGAUUGACUGAGAAUCAGUUGGCGAAAAAAAAAAACGAAACGAAUAGUAAAUUACAAUGUUUUAAUAAUCUGAACAUAUAACCAUUGUCAAUGGAAAUUGUGCUGUGAAACAAUUUGUGAGUAUAGAAAACAAAAAAUUAACGAAAACGUUGAAUAGAAAGAAAGUGAAAAUACGCUGAAUGUAAUUCUUAUGCAAUACGUCAUUUAGAGAAUCUUUGUGGGCAAACAAGCGAUGGGUUCGAAUGAAGAAUAGGUCUGGAAUAGUUUUACGAGAAAUCCUAAAUUCCCUGUUUUAAUUGUAGCGAGAAAAUCAAGUCUAGCCUAGAUUUUAAAACCGAAUGAUGUACUUUAAAUGCGAUAAUGCCUUAAAAAAUAUCAAUUAAAUAUACACGCGGAUAAUAUCAGUAUCUCAACUGAAAUGGGAAUCCAACCGCUCCAUCCGGUUGUUUUCCUACGCACUGCCCGAGUGCAAGACCCCAGUAGUCCUAAGUGAUGCAAUCUAGGUUAAUUAGUACCAACUAUUUCUAUGUUUACACCAGCCAGCCACA